UUGGGGAGAAGAGCAAGGCACACCAACUAGAAAGUGAGGAAUGUUUGAGAUGUGGUUUUGAAGAGGAGCCAUCGGAUAAAAGGGGUUGAAUUCAGAUUUGUUCUUGGGUUCCAUUUUUCUGAUUUUUGAAGAGAGCCGACAUCAAUAGCCACGGAUCUGUGGUCUUUUCUACGCCUCACAGUAGCCGCUCACCAUCUUCUCCAUCGCACAGCAGCUAGCCGGCCGGCCUUCUCAGUUUUCUUCCAUCUCUGCUACUCUGUCUUGGGUUAGGUAUUUUCUGAAACAGAGGGAUUUUAGGAAAAGGGAGUGAAGGAGACGAACGGAGCUUGAUCCCGUGGGUGGGAUCCCUCCUUUCUGAUCUGGACCUACCUCCUCCUAACAAUUCCGCUGUGGAUGUUUCUGUGAUUUUCUGUUGAUUUUGUUUAGAUCUGUGUUUAAGCUUGUAUUUAGUUUGUUGGAAAAUGAAUGGGAAUCAAAGAUUGUUCUGUUUAUUUUACGUGUUUAUUGCUGAAAAUGAGAAGAUUGUGUUUUUGGGUUGUGUUUGGAGUGGGUUCGAUCUAACCCGAUUCAGUUAAAAAAAAAAAAACUAAAAAAAGGUUAAAAAGUAA